AUGGAUAUUUUUAAAAGAAAAAAAGGUGGAGCCGCUGGAGAACGAGAUCGCAAAAAAAAUGAAAAGAACAGCGAAAAUGUAAUUUGUGAUACACUUGAAUUUGAACCAGAUCAUAAUAACAGCCAAAACCAAACAAAAGAAGUUACUAAUGAUGUCACAGAUUUUAAUAUUACUAUCAAUGAUCCAACAGUUAGGUUACCAACCAAUCGUCUAGAGUUUUAUCAAAGAAUUAUUCAAGGUCCAUAUCGUCCAAUUUUAAAGCUUUACCCGAGAACCUUACAAGGAAAGAAACAGCGUUCGUUUCAAAAGUCAUGGUAUGAAAUGUAUAGUUGGUUAGAAUAUAGUCCGAUAGUUGAUGCAGCAUUUUGCUUUCCGUGUCGUUGUUUUAACGGAAAUGAAUCUAAUAUCGGUCAGACAGAACAACUAAGUAAAAGGGAAUCAGAACGAUUAAAUAACAGGGAAAUGAUGAAACGUUUAAUUGAUAUCGUAAUUUGUCUUGCUAAAUGUGGUAAGCCUUUUCGUGGGCAUGAUGAAUCGCACACCAGUUAUCAAAAAGGUAUGUUCUUAGAAUUGAUUCAAAUCUUAUACAAAUACAAUACUGUUUUAAAAACUCAUAUUGAUAGUGGUCCUAAAAAUGCAAUUUACACAAGCAAUGUAAUUCAAAAUGACAUUAUAAAUUCUAUACACAAUGUAAUCAUUCAAGAAUUAAAAUUAAAAUUACAAAAUACUCAUAUUGCAAUUAUGGCAGAUGAAACCAGCGACGUAGGUCACCACGAGCAACUCUCUGUGGUUUUUCGCUAUUUUGAUACCAAAACAAAUCGCCCAAUAGAAACAUUUAUUACUUUGAGACGUAUGUUAUGUGUAGAUGCAGAAUCAAUUUUUAAUGCACUUGAUGAUGUAAUUACUUGUCAAUUUAUGUUAGAUUGGAAGAAUGUAAUUGCAGUAUGUUUUGAUGGAGCAGCAACUAUGGCAGGUAAUAUAAAUGGCGUACAAGCCAAAUGCAAGAAUAAAAAUAAAAAUAUUUUGCAUGUGCACUGUUAUGCACAUUGCUUAAAUUUAACUUUAAUGGAUGCUGUUUGUGCUAAUGCAAAGUAUAGUGAAGUAAAUAAAUGUGUCUUUGAUUUUCUUGGGACGGUACAAUUCAUUUAUUCUUUUAUUGAAGGGAGUCCAAUACGACACGCAGUAUUUGAAAGAUUUGCCAAGUUAGAUGGUGCUAAAGUACAAACAUUGAAAUCAAUGUCUCAAACUAGGUGGGCUUGUCGCGCUGAUGCAGUGAAUGCAGUUAAAAACAAUUACAAAGCUUUAUUAUGUACGUUAAAAGAAAUAAAUUUAAAAUGUUUGAUACCUGAAGCAAGAGCUAAAUGUCGUGGACUUCUAUAUCAACUUAAAACCUUUGAGUUUGUUUAUUGUUUAAAUUUAAUGCAACCAAUUUUACAAUUGAUACUAAAAGUAAGUUCAUCUUUACAAGCUUCGAACUUAGAACUUUUUACUGCUGUUUCACUUAUACAUGCCUUAAGAUCUUCAUUAAACUCAUUAAGGAAUUCGCCUCAAGAAAUGCAAUCUAUAUUUUUGAAUACAGAACAAAUGUAUGUGUUAUUAUCUGGAAUCGAUGAUAGAUUUAAACAAGAAACAUCUGAUUUAAUAACUGUGAUUGGACAGUUAAUUAACUUAGAGUUGAAUUGCAACUCAUCUUGUAUAUACAUACUAAAGAAUUUGCUAAAUAUUCAAACACAAGAUCUUUUUGUAGAGAUUAAGCUUUUAAAAAGUAUUGAGGACACACCCAAAGGAACAUCAUCAGAUUAUGUUUAUAAGUGGCUUGAUUGGUUAGCAAUAGAAGGAAGAUACGAUACUUUCAGGACAUUUUAUAACUGUCUAACAUAUUUUGUGGUUAUACCAGUGACGAGUUGUGGAUGUGAAAGAAGUUUUUCAAAAAUGUCAAUAGUAAAAACCAAAUUAAGAAGCACAAUGGCACAAGAAAGGCUCAAUGCAUUAUUAUUUUUAUUUAUAGAACAAGAAUAUGUGUGUGAUGUCAAUGUUGAGAGUGUGAUUGAUGAUUUUAAAAAUGUCCCUACAAAAAGAAGACUCGCUCUUUGA